AUGGGCGACUCACUGCCCAAAGUCACGGGGUCUUCCACCAAAGCCAUCAACAUUCUCCUAAUAAAUCCCAAUGGAACUUCUUCUAUGACAGAAGCCUGUCUUCGAUCCCUAGAAACAACUCUACCUCCAUAUUGCACAGUCACUGGCUUCACGGCUCCACAUCCAACUCCCUCGGCUAUCGAAGGUCACCUCGACGGAGUCUUCUCUGCAGCGGCAGCAGCUCGAGCUGUGAUACCCAUAGCUUCAAAUUACGAUGCUUUCCUGGUCGCUUGCUUCAGCGCUCAUCCUCUCAUCAACGCUCUAAGAGAAGAACUUUCGUGCCCCGUUAUCGGAAUCAUGGAGGCGGCGCUCUAUUCUGCUCGAAUGCUUGGCGGCCGACUUGGGAUCGUGGCUACUGGGGCAAGGAGCAAGAUCAUGCAUGAAGAUGCUAUCAGGUACUAUGGCCUAGAUGGAUUUUCGGUGGGCUGCGAGACGACAGGACUAGGUGUUCUUGAGCUAGAGACAUUUCCAAGAGACAAAGUGCUCGGAUUAGUAAGCGAAGCUGCCAGAAGGCUUGUCCAAGAAAAGGGGGCAGAUUGUAUUGCUUUGGGGUGUGCAGGAAUGACGGAGAUGAAGAUCAGAUGCGAAGAGACUGUCGGGGCAAAAGAUGCAACUGCUCAAGUGAUUGAUGGGGUUGGGGUUGGCGUGCAGCUUUUGAUCGGGCUGGUAAGGGAAGGUCAUGUAACUGCAAAAGGAGGUGUCUUCAGACCUGCUCGGGAUGGAAGGAAAGCAAGAGGCCAAGAUUGGAUAUAG